UAAGUAAAUAGUUAUGUGUGGAGCGUCCCACGUGGGUGUCUGCGGCGCCUGUCAACACUGCUGCCCGCCAUGGUGUCUUGCUGCUGCUGGCGUCCUCUCCGCUUCUCCUCCUCCCUACAGUAACACACUCAGGUGAACGGAGGCAUCAGGUGAAAGGAAACUUGCCCAACCAUUUCUGUCCACUUGGUGAUUGAACCCGGAAUUCUCAAUUGUUCUGAAGAGGUCAUCAGGUUCCAGAUAGAGGUGAUUAACAAACUACACAAUUUGUACAAGAGAGAUAUCCAUAAAGCACUAUGGCAAAGGAAGAGGGAGGAAAUGUGAAAAUAGAAAAUAAUGAUAGUCAAGGAAAGUUGCAGGAAAAUAAAGGUGCUGGUAAGAAGAAAGGCAAUAAAGGUAAAGCAGGUAAAAUAGUAAAUAAAGGUGGAGGGGGAUUAACAGCUGGAAAUGAUGCCCUGAACACCAGCAAAAAUCUCACUCAAAAUGUAAAAGCAGGCUUGAAAAAUAAGAAGCAGAAAAAAGCGGCCAAAACUCGUAAAGCUAAGGAGGAACCAAGAAAGCGAAAAAGACCUGUUGACUGGGGCACUGAAGAGAUGAAACUUAGUGAUGGGCUACGGGCAGAGCAUGAAGGGCGGGCGUGCAAUAGGGAUCUGAGGACCCUUUAUGUUCGAUUUCCAAAAUCGCUAAAAAUUUCCAAGGGUACAGAAGUAAUGGACUUAGUGAAGGAAGCAAUUGAUGUACGCUUACCUCGAGGGAGUUCGGUCAAUUUUUGCACACAUUGUUUCUUGGAAUUUAAAUCUGAAGAAGAGGCUGAUCGAAUGAAAGGUGAAAUUGCUAAAAUGAAAGUGAAAGAUGAACCAUUCUUUGUUGACUAUGUUGGGAAGAAGUCCACAUACUGCAGUGCAAGACAACCAGGCCCUGUGAAUCCUCUCAAAUUGUAUAUUGGAAGUGUGCCAAUGGAUACCACACGGGAUGACCUUAAGAAUGUUUUUCAUACAUCAGAACGCAUUGACUACUCAAAAAAACAGAAAAAUGUACGAACACGAUUUGCUUUCAUAACUUACAAAACUAAAGAAGAAGCCCUGAGAGUAUUUGAGUCAUCCAAAGACCUAAAAAUCAAUGGAAAGGAAGUUACCGUUAUGUUUGCCAGAGCAAAGAAUACCAAUAUUACUGAUAAAACUAAAGUGGAAGAGUCUCCUACCAAGAAAAUGAAGACUGGAAAAAAGGAUGUAGAGGAAAAGAAGGAAGAUAAGGAAGUGGAGGAGAAGGAAGAGGAGGAAGAUGAAGAAGAUGAAGAGGAGGAGGAUGAAGAUGAGGAGGAGGAGGGUGAUGAUGAGGAGGAGGAGGAUGAUGAUGAUGAAGAUGAGGAGGAGGAUGAUGAUGAAGAAGAAAUGGAUGCAGAUAGUGAAGAGGAUGAAGAGAAUGGUAAUGAGUGAUGUGUAGAUAACUAAAUCAUUAUAUUUUCUGAAAAUUUUAAAAUUAAAAUAUACAAGAUUUACUUCCGAAUGUUUGUAAUUCUUAAUGAAAUAUACAAGUUAUAAACAA